UGGACGUGAGACGCAAAAGAGUUUGGUUAAGUGAAAUAUUGGUUGAAAAAAAAUAUUUCGUUGAAUUUUAAGAUUUAUUAUUAUGGAAACGAUUUUGGAGCAACAACGAAGGUACCAUGAGGAGAAAGAGAGGCUGGUUGAUGCAAUGGUAAAAGAAAUGUUACACAAGAAAGCUACAUAUAGAGAAGUAAUCAAUUCAGAUCAUCGUCAAAAAUAUUUGUUAGAUAAAUAUUUAACAUCUACAGAGCGUUUGAUUGAUCUUUAUGAAGAUAGAGAUGGUCAACGUAAAGCUGAGGUUGCGGCUUUGACAGGACCCAAUGCUUUUCAGGAGUUUUAUAAUCGUCUCAAACAAAUUAAAGAUUUUUAUAGAAAACAUCCGAACGAAAUAAGCAUUCCCAUGUCCGUUGAGUUUGAUGAACUAGCCAAAGCUAGGGAAAAUCCAACAGAAGAAAUGGCUAAUAUGGUUGAGUUCACAGAUGAAGAGGGUUAUGGAAAAUAUUUGGAUCUUCAUGAAUGUUAUGAAAAGUAUAUAAAUUUGAAGGGCAUUGAAAAAGUGGAUUAUAUUACAUAUCUUGCUACUUUUGAUCAAUUAUAUGAUAUUCCAAAAGAACGAAAAACAGGAGAAUAUAGAAAGUAUCUUCUAAAUUUAAUUGAAUAUCUUACUUGGUUUGUGCAAAGAAUAAAGCCUUUGAUGAACCUUGAAGAAAUUCUUGAAGCCGAAGCUGAUGUAGUGAUGAAAGAAUGGGAUUCAGGCAAUAUUCCUGGAUGGCCCAAAGAGACUGGAUCAGUAUUGGCUAAUAUGGGUGCUCAUCUGGACUUAUCAGCUUUUUCUAGUUGGGAAGAAUUGGCUUCUCUUGGUCUAGACAGAUUGAAAUCUGCCCUGAUGGCUUUGGGGUUAAAAUGUGGAGGAACAUUAGAAGAACGAGCCCAAAGAUUAUUCUCAACUAAAGGAAAGGGUUCCCUUGAUCCAGCUCUAAUGACCAAGAAUAAAGCAGGAAAAGCAGGCAAAGAAAAAGAUCAGGCAAGGCAUAAAGAUUUAGCAUGUCUUGAAGCACAAAUUUAUCGUUUAGCAGAAUUAGUCUCAUCUCAAAGGUCUGCCACAAAAGAAAAUGUACAGAGAAAGCAGGCUAGAACAGAUGGUGAAAGAGAUGAUAGUGAAAACGAAGAAAGUGAAGAUGACAGUCCUGAUGAAGCUGAUGAUGAUGUUCCAUACAAUCCAAAGAACCUUCCUCUAGGAUGGGAUGGAAAACCUAUCCCUUACUGGCUCUAUAAGUUACAUGGUCUCAAUAUCAGUUAUAACUGUGAGAUUUGUGGGAAUUAUGUAUAUAAGGGUCCCAAAGCAUUCCAGAGGCAUUUUGCAGAAUGGAGGCAUGCUCAUGGUAUGAGAUGUUUGGGUAUUCCUAAUACGGCCCACUUUGCUAAUGUGACCCAAAUUGAAGAUGCUCUGGCUCUUUGGGAUAAAUUGAAAGUGCAAAAGCAAAAUGAGCGUUGGCAGCCAGAGACUGAGGAAGAAUAUGAAGAUUCACAAGGUAAUGUUGUCAAUAGAAAGACUUACGAGGAUUUGAAACGACAAGGACUUCUAUAGUGUGGAAAGAUACUGUAUGUGAAAGAAAUUAAAUGUUUUCACCUGAGUCAAUUUAUAUUUUAAAUUGAAAAUGGCAUUAAUGGAAAAAAUACUUUCCUUUUUAUAUAAGAUUUCUAAAAAUAGUUUUUCCAUUUCCGCAAUGAAUAUUUUUCAUUCUGAAAAUGUGUGCAUAAGAAAUGUUCUGAAAUAUCGAAUAAAUAAUGAACUU